CCACCAAGAAGGAGAACUUUUCGUGCGAUUCUAUUACCUCUGUAGACUAUCACUUGUUGUUUCUCGUGUUUUGCGCCUUAGAUGUCCUUCUUCUCUCGAUUCGAUCAUGUCCAUGAUAUUUGCAAAUCGAACAUCCGAAAGGUCAUCGUCGAUGAGAUAUUUAAUUUGCCGGAACAUGGGAAUUCCGGCCAAGAAGAACGGGAAGAACAACUCUGGCCAGAUUUAGUAAUACAGUUCAAUAGCGCUAGAUGUGUUUCUUUCAGAGCUCAAGUGAGAUAGACUUCGGUAUUAUGCCAUGGAAAUGAAUAUAUAAAGAGAGGCAGGAGCGGCCCAGCCUCUCUUUCCUCAUCCCAACAACAACAUCCAGUCUUCAAUCAACAUAAUCUCAAUCAACGAACAACCAACAACCAACAACCAAAAACCCAAACAACACUUCCGUCAUCAAAAUUUCGAUAGCCACUGCCAAUUAAUCGCAAUGCACUUCACUCAAGCUACUUCUGCCAUUUUGGCCACUCUUGCUUUCUCUUCUACAGUCUUCGCUGGUGUUCUCAAGACGGCUGAUUCGUUCUGCUCCAGCGCUGCAGGCUGCGUAUGGCAAAGCUCAGCUACUUGGCCAGGUGUUCUUCAGUGCAGCUGCAACCUUGCCUCGCCGGAUGGAAAAUCAAAGUAUGUGCUUUGAAUUCUCUUUUUUCGCCCAAAAUUCAAUCCAAUAUAUGGUUCAGAAUAUUUACAUGCAUUAAACUAACGGGGUCUUCAGGCUUUUCCUCCAAGGCUACACUGACUGGAAUUGGCAAGGACUUGUCUACAAUGGUUAUUCCACUCCAGGUGUAUGCAAUGAAAUGCCUGCUCUCUUCAACAAGAAUACGGAGUCAAUGAACAUCAAUGUUGAGAACACUCCUGGCUGCUGGCUCUACACUCAACCAGGCGUAAGAACCUUCCAUUCAAGUCCUUAUCUAAACACCUCAAGAAUUUAAGUAAAUACUAACAAUCAUGCUAAUAAUAGUGCCCUGCUGAUCAACCCUAUGCCGUCGUCGACAAGAAUGGUAUCUCACAAAUGGAAGGCAUUUACGACCACGGCGUCCAAAGUUGGAUCUGCGAUCCUUUAACUUCUUAGAUUCUCUACUUCGUUUUUCCGGCGGUCACGGUUACAUACAUAUUAUGAUGCGGAAAAGAAUAGAGUUUUCUAUAGCUUGAUAAAUGGGUAGGUAUCGACUGGUAUUUGAGCGAUCGAGCACCGGCGAAAGUUUUGGGAUGAUUGGAGAUAGAUGGUGUAUGGGAGGAUCUCUUUUUCGUUUUGGGCUCUUUUCUGGUCUUUGCUUUCUUUCUUUUUUCUUUUUUGAGAUGGUGGGACGAGUGGAUUGACGGUAAUUUACUAUUCUUUUUUUAGGGCGAUGGAAGCGGUUCUUUGGAGAUGAUUUCAGGAGGACUUUCAAAUACUUCUUUCAGGGGGAAUCCAACAUUCUCGCCCAUUUUCAACACUUUUAAUUUUCAUUUUGUAUCGCUGUAUCGGUAGUUGGUGUUAGUUAGCAAGCUAUAUUA